AUGGGUAACGAUGGAGGGAGUAUCCCUACUCGCCGUGAGCUUGUCAAGAACGCCGCCCGCACCCCAAACACCUCGGAGCUGAAGGCUACCCAACACGAAGCGCAAAGCUACGCCUGGGAAUACUGUCCGCUCUCCAAUCGCCCUCUCAUAUCACCCAUAGUCUCUGACUGCGCCGGAACGCUCUACAACAAAGACUCCAUAAUCGAACACCUACUCCCGAAAGAUGACGAUACUCUAACCUCGGUCACCAAAGAGAAGGAAGAGAUUCUACAAGGGCGCGUGAAAGGGCUACGAGACAUUGUGGAGGUGAAAUUCAGCGUGGUGAAAGAGGAUGCUGAGGAAAAGAGGAUAUGCCCCAUCACCAGCAAGGAGUUGGGUCCGAAUACUAAGGCGGUAUACUUGGUUCCAUGUGGGCAUGCGUUUUCUGAAGCGGCAAUCCGCGAGGUAGCCACAGAGGCAUGCGUGGAAUGCAAUGAGCCUUAUACGUCUGAGAACAUAAUCCCGAUAUUGCCAUUCUCGAAGGAAGACAUCUCGAGACUAUCUACGCGGGCAUCCAAGCUGAAAGGAAGCGGUCUUACGCACUCCUUGAAAAAGGCUCCUGGGGGCAAGAAGCGGAAGAAGAACGCCGAGGCAGAUGUGCCACCCACUGAAUCACCAGCUACCUCACAGAUCACCAAAUCGGGUCCACCCAAAGACCGGUCCAUAACGAACAACAUCGCUCAAUCCCGGAACGGGUCAUCCACCCCAGAUCCCGCAACUUCACGAUCGAUAAAGAACGCAAGCACAGCAUCCUUAACAGCCCGGGUCCUCGACGAGCAGGAAGAGCGGAACAAGAGACGAAAGCUGGGCUUGAAUGAUAAUCUGAAGAGUUUAUUCUCAAGUGGUGGAUAUAGUGCCCAAGCGCAGAAAGGGGGUGACUUCAUGACGAGAGGUUAUUCCUUACCUAAAAGGGCCUAG